UUUAUUACGGUAAACUCUGUAUUCUUUUUUGGUGGGUGGGGGACGGGGUGUGAUGGAUUUUCGUUUUAUUAAAAAGGAUUUUCUAUUUGCAAAAUAAACCCUAGAAAACCAAUUCAGCACGAUAAUGAAGAGGACUGUGUAUUGAGAUCGAGUUUCAAUCAUGGCCAUCUAUAUGAGGCGCGCGCUGAUAUCCUCCGGCGACCUCGCCGUGUUUUUCCGUACAUCGGUCUCUCAGACCCGCCAUUUCUCUUCACCAGUUGCCUGUUCUCCGACUAGCUCAGCAGCGUCAGAGAUGGCGGCCACAGCCCCGCCCUUUAGCGGCAAUUUGAAGAAAGCACUUGCUGGCUUAAGACGAAUAGAUCUGGAAGGUCUGAGGUGGAGAGUAUUUGAUGCCAAAGGCCAGGUUCUUGGGAGGCUGGCAGCUCAGAUAUCAACUGUGGUUCAAGGUAAAGAUAAGCCGACAUACUCACCUCAAUGGGACGAAGGGGAUAUGUGUGUAGUGAUCAAUGCAAAGGAUGUGUGUGUCACAGGAAGAAAGCUCACUAAUAAGUUCUACAGAUGGCACACCGGGUAUAUUGGACACCUCAAGGAGAGGAGUUUGAAGGACCAAAUGGCAAAGGACCCCACAGAAGUAAUCCGCAAAGCAGUUCUUCGCAUGCUUCCAAGAAACAAGUUGCGCGAUGAUAGAGAUCGGAAAUUGAGAAUAUUUGCAGGCAGUGAGCACCCCUUUGGUGACAAACCCUUAGAGCCCUACGUGAUGCCACCUCGCAAAGUCCGUGAAAUGCGGCCUCGUGCUAGGCGGGCCAUGAUCCGAGCUCAAAAGAAGGCCGAGCAACAACAGGGGCCUACAGUCACAAAGAGAGGCAAAAAGAGGGAGACAGAAGCAGAAAAUAAUGCAUAGCUAUCAAAAUUUGAUGCCUUGCUUACUGAAGUUAUGAGAUUCGAUUUCAAAUGACUCUGGUUUUGAACUGGAAACUGAUUUAUCAAUGUUAUUUGUGUUGUUCAUAUGAUGAGAUAUUUUUAUGCUCUUAAUUUACUACCCAGAAAAUUUAACUUAAUAACAAAUCUUUUUGGGU